AUGAUAAGUAGCAUGAUGUUGCUGGUCGCUGCUCUGUCCCGAGAUCAAGGAUCGAUAUUGAAAUUUCAAGAUCUCAAAAUGUAUGAAGAAGGAGAAGAUGAGGAAGAGCCUUUACCUGAUUUUGAAAAUGAAACCCUCAACUUCUUGGAGGAUAUGCGAUGUGCUUACAAGGAGAAAGUGUUGCCAUUGGAGCGAAAAUAUCGUUUUGAGGAUUUCUACACCAGGCCAUUGAAUGAUAAUUACUUUGGACCCACUGCACUUGUUCUUUUGGUAGGACCUAUGGGAUCUGGUAGAUCACUUUUUGUAGCAGAUUAUGUUCAGAAGGAUUUUGUGGCCACCAACACUAGGGCUGCAAUCAAUGAGCCCAAUGACAUCAUGUCCAUUGUGACCUAUGGUCAGGAUGAUUGGGUCCUCCCUGGAGAGCGUGCUUUCAAAAGCUGUGCUUCUCCUGUUCUUGAACGCAUUGGAUCCCUUGUUCUUGCCAAGAAAAGCAUUGCUGAUAAGGUCCAAGUCAUCACUUGCAACUCCCCAGCAUUGCAGUAUGUCACCAUCAUUGAUUUUCCUGGAAUUCCCUGGGGCACCAGGAGCAAACCACCAACUUAUGAGUACUUGUCCAUCUUGAAGUACUUGGCAAAGAAAGCAGACAGGAUCUUCCUGUUUUUCAAUGCAAGAGCUAUACCUGAUUGUCUGUCUCCUCAUGUCUUGAGAUCUUUAGACAUGAUGAGGUUCUCUGGUGAGAAAAUGUCAAUUGUCUACACCAAGUCCCUUGACAUGGAUCCAGCUGAGUUCCUGAGGAAUCACACCAUAGUCUAUUGGACAGUUGGCACCACCAUGGCAUCUGUGACUCCCCCAAAGACCUAUUGUCGCAAAUGGAGUGAGGGAGAGUAUGAAGGCAUUGAAGAAGAAGAGGGAGAAGGUGAAGGUGAAGAUCGAGAUGCUGGAGGAGCUUCUCCAGCAUCAAAGACUAAGAAAUUGUCUGGGGGGAAGGGUGGAAAGGAUGCCAAAGGUGGCAAGAAAUUGUCUGGUGGAAAGGCUGGCAAAGAUGCUAAGGCUGAUAAAGACAAGGACAAGAAGAAGACAUCUGCUGGCAAGGCUGGCAAAGGCAAGGAGGCAGGGAAACGCAAACCUGGUGGUGAUGAUAGACACAGGGGUGGUGAAGAUGAAGGGGAAGAGGAGGAAGAAGCUGAGGAUGAGGGAAAUAUUGCAGCAGAUGCAAUGAUGGGAGAAGAAGAACUCAUGUUUCAGCUCAAGUAUGCAUUCUUGCUUACCCUGCACCGCAAAAUGUGGGAAUUGGAACACAGAGCCAGUUUGGCACAGAUCCAUGCUCAGGUGCUUUCAGCCCUUGUGGAGAAUUUCCCUUCAUAUGAGGAUGAAAAGACCCAACAGAAAAUCCGCUCAAAACGCAUUUAUGAACUGGACUCCAUCUAUAACCGCUUGCAAUGUCAGCUUGGCCUCUUCUGUGAAUACUUUCCAGACACCAGCUACAUGCGCUAUGAUUACAGGAAUAGCUACUUGAACAAGUGGGCUCUUUUCAAGCCUGCAGUCAAGUAUGAGAACCUCUUCAAUGAGCUCAACAAGAAACACAGCAAGGUCAAUAUUGUUGAUGCUGAUCCAGCAAUAAAAAUGUUCAAUUUACCUGACUGGGUUGAUGAGAAAAUCUGGCGCAUGGCAGACAUUGAUAGAGAUGGUAUGCUGGACAGGGAUGAAUUUGUGUUGGCAAUGCAUCUCAUGUUCAGACGGACUUGUGGUCUUGAUAUCCCAUCUAUUCUUCCUGUUCAUCUCAUCCCAUAUGCCAAACGAAUGCUGUUGAUCAGUCCAGAAUCAGAUCUUGACCCCAGGAGGCAAUUUGCUGACACACCCACUAUCACAACAGCAGUUGAUGCCAGUGUUGUAAUGCCUGAUGAGUGUGGUGAUGACUUCAACUGGGCUGGAGAAAGUUCUACUGCUAGACAGAGCAAGAAAUGUGUCCAGUUCAAGAGUGAAGGUGACUUCAAUUAUGUUAGGAAAGUGUUGGACAGCUACCGGGACAAGGAUGAUGAGAAGAGUAUGACAAGCUUGACCAGCUGCUUGAAGCCUCCCACUGGCCGUGUUUUGUCCAAUUGCUGA